GAAUCAAAAAAAAAAACUAUAUUACCAGAAAAAUAACGAGAAAUAAUUUUAAAAAUAUUAAAAUAUAAAUAAUAUACUAUUAUAUGUGUAAAUAAAAAAAAAAAGUAUAGUAAAAUAAAAUGAAAUCGAUUAUAGCAUUAUUACUUUUAUUAGUAGUCGCAAUUUAUAGUGAUAAUGGACCACAAUUUCAAGUUGUAGACCUUAAUUGGAAAUAUUAUUCAAUGGUCUAUACCUCCAUUCCAGGUACAAUUCUUGUUAUAGAUGACAAAUCUGUUUUACAAAAAUCAGUAAAUUCAGGAAAAUCAUGGAACCCAGUCAAAACUGAUGCAGGUACAAUUUUAGGUAAUGCAAAUAUAAUUUCAGAUGGUAUAAAAAAUGAAAAUAUUUUAGUUAUUCAUACCACAAAAGUUGGUCAAGCAAUCAAUACUACAUUAUCAGUUUCAACAGAUGGUGGCCAAACAUUCAAACAAACCUUUGUUCCAUACCAACUUGGUGGCAUUUCAGUAAACCCAAGCGAACCAAAAACACUUAUUGCCAAAUCUUCAGCCAACAUUUUAAUUAGUGAAGAUUUUGGUUCCACUUGGACCGAUGUUUCAAAUGGUCGUAAAUUAUACAAACAACAAAGUAUCUUUUCAAUUUAUACCACUCCAGAAUGGGAUCCAAAGAAUCCAAAAAGUUUCUUUUCAAUUCUUGACAAUGGCGUUAUAAAUGGUGUUGCAACUGGUGUUUUAAGUGUUACUACAGAUUUAGGCAAAACUCAAAAAUCACUUAUUAAUGGUGCAGUCGAUAUGAUUUACACAAAGAACUAUUUUUACGUUGCCGUUAUUGAUUCUAAACUUGGUAAUCAACUUUGGGUAAGAUCAAACUUUGAACCAGCCCAAGUUGGUAAUACUGAUGGUUUCUUAUUAUGUGAAUUCCCAUUUGGUGAUGAAGUUCAAAUUAAUGAUUUCCGUAUUCUUGACGAUAGUGCUGGUGCUAUUUAUAUGGGUAUCCAAGUUAGUGUUGAUGGUGAAUCAACUACCUCUGUUAGUGGUCACGUUUAUAUCUCAAAUAGUCUUGGUAACAUUUUCACUUUAACUCUUAAACACGUCGCUGUUUCACAUGGUCUCUAUGACUUUAUGCCAAUUUAUGGUGCUCCAGGUGCUUUCCUUUUCAAUGGUGUUACCAACACCAGAGCUGCUCCAGGUGCUCCAAUUACAGUUCGUUCAUACAUCACUUAUGACAAUGGUGGUAGAUGGAGUAGACUCAGCAAACCAUCAACCAUGGACUGUACCAUUCAAAAAGAUUGUGCCCUUAAUGUUCAUGGUCUUUCGGCUUAUCUCGACCAAACUAGAGGUUACGGUCCAUUCUACACCAUCGCUAAUGCUCCAGGUUUAGUUGUCGCCACUGGUAAUGCUAACCCAGCUCUUUCAUCAAGUCCAAAAGUUGAUAGAAUUAAAACUGUUCUUUCCACCGAUAAUGGUCAAACUUGGAGAAAGAUUGCCGAAUAUGGCAGUAUUUACGAAUUUGGUGCUUUUGGUUCUACAUUAAUCUAUGCUUCAGCUAUGCAAGAUACCAAUACUGUUAUGUACAGUUUUGAUCAAGGUGUUACUUCAAAGAGCAUAGACUUACCAGCAAGUUACGAUAUCAUUAAUAUUAUCACCAAUCCAAACAAUAAUAACAAUCAAUUCCUUUUAUUAGUCGAAGAUAGAGAUGAUACUGCAAAGGUUAUUUUUGUUGAUCUUACCCCAGUCCAACCACGUUACUGUAUUCAAGACGAUUUAAUGUCAAUGACCUUAAAUUGUGUUCUUGGUCAAAAGAAAUCAUAUAAUGUAAUCAAACCAGGCACCCAAUGUACUCUUAACGCAGCUCCAGUCAAUACUAAGGUUGACAUCUGUGAAUGUACUGCUGACGAUUUCGAAUGUGAUAUUGGUUACGAAUCUCCAAACCCAAUUGACGGUAGUGCCUCAAACUCUGAUUCAUCAAGUGAAGAAUUAAAAUGUAUUCUCGACCCAGAUUCAAAAUAUGUUCCAGUCGAUUCCAAAACUUGCACUCCAGGCCAAAAUUAUACUAUUCCAAACGGGUUCAGAAAAGUUGCUGGAUCUCAAUGUAUUGGCGGUGUUUCAUCUAAAUAUCAACCAAAAACUGCUAUUUGUGGUUCUCCAUCAAAACUCAAAGGUAAAGGUUGGGUUGCAGCUGUUGUAAUUAUUAUUCUUUUUGUUGGUCUUGGUGGUUUUGGUUUCUACGUUUACAAGAACCCAGAUUUCAAACAAAAAUUAAAGAAGAUGGUUGGUUUAUCUAAGGAUACCAAAUAUAGUGUUGUCGGUAUAAAACCAAAUUCUUUGGCUGAUGAUGAAUUUGGUAUUGAGGAUGAUGAUGCUCAAAUUUUAAAUGAUAACGAUUUACAAGAAGACAAUUUUUAAAUAAUAUAGUGCAAUAAUAAUAAUACAAUAAUAACAAUAUAAUAGAAAUAAAUGACCAAUAAUAAAUAAUAACAAUACUUUAUAAUUUUUAAAAAUAUAUAAAUAUAUAAUCCUAGAAAAAACGCAUUUUAAAAAUAUUAUUAAAUUAAUAAUAAUAACAAUAUAAAAAAUAAAAUAUUUU